CAUCCAUUAAAUGGAGGCAACAACCAUCAGCAUUGGAAAGUCCGUGUUGAGCGGGGCGCUCAACUACACCCAGUCAGCUGUGGCCAAGGAGGUAGCUCUGCAGCUUGGUGUCCAGCGUGACCAGUCAUUCAUUUCGGACGAGCUCGAGAUGAUGCAAGGUUUCCUGAUGGCUUCACAUGACGAGCGGGAUGACAACAAGGUGGUGAAGAUCUGGGUGAAGCAAGUCCGCGAUGUGUCCUAUGAUGUCGAGGACUCCCUCCUGGAUUUUGCUGUCCGUCUCGAGAAGCAAUCUUGGUGGCGUCUCUCUCGCAUGGUGCUAGCCCGGCGUUAUGUGGCGAAGCAGAUGAAGGGCCUCAGAGUUAAGGUGGAGGAGGUCAGCCAGAGGAACCAACGGUACCACCUCAUCAAGGGCUCUAGCUCCAAGUUUACCUCAACUGUUGGGCAGCCUACCAUCUCCAGUGCGACGAUGUCUGCUACCGAUGAUGCAAGGCUGCGGCGGCAUAAAGCUAAAAUGGGUCUUGUCGAGCUGAUCAAUUGCAAGGAUGAUGCACUUCGAGUGAUGGGGCUGUGGGGCACAAGUAUUAGUAAUCUGGGGGAGAUAUCCAUCCUGAAAAGUGCCUAUGAAGAUCCCAUGAUACAUAAGAAUUUUGAUUGUUGUGCUUGGAUAACAUUGAUGUGUCCAUUCAAUCAGGCAGAUUUGAUUCAAACCAUUGUUAGCCAAAUCUAUGUUAAUUCCCUUCAAGACUCAGGAGAAGAAGGUAAAACAACUAUUGGGGCCCAAGUUCUUAAGAUGAUGGCGACGACGAAGGAAGAUGGUUUGGCUCAUGACUUCAAGAGAUAUUUGAAUGACAAGAGUUACUUAAUUGUACUCAACGACAUACACACCAUUGAAGAGUGGGAUUGCAUUAAAACAUGUUUCCCAAACAACAAAAAAGGAAGCCGAAUCAUAGUAUCCACUGAGCAAGUUGCAGUUGCAAGCUUAUCCGUAGGAGCAGAGGAUCAAACUCUAGUGCAUAGGAAGUUACUUGCUGAUAAGCCUCUUUAUGCUUUCUACAACAAGGUUUCUCACGAGGGAAGCAAUUCGGAGGAAAAAGGGUCCACCUCAUAUGUAACCCCUAGCGUUGUUAACAGCUCUGCACACAAGAACAUCCUCACUCGCACGGAGACAAUGUCUACUCUAGAGGAAUCUCGUCUCAUCGGGAGAGGGAAUGAAAAAGAGGAAAUCAUCAAACUAAUCUCAAAUAAAGAUGCCCAACAAUUUCAUGUGUUCUCCUUGUGGGGAAUGGGUGGUAUUGGAAAAACAACACUAGUGAAGGAUAUCUACCAAAUCCAAGAGAUUAGUAGCAUGUUUGAUAAGCGUGCUUGUGUCACAGUCAUGCGUCCUUUCAAUUCAGCAACACUCCUUGAGAGCUUAACUAUGCAAUUCAGAGAUAAUAAUGAGACAAAUACAGAUUUAUGGAGAUAUUUAGAAGGAACGAGAUAUUUGCUUGUCCUUGAUGAUCUGUGGUCCAUAGCAGAGUGGGAUGUUGUAAAACAAUGUUUGCCAGAAACGGCAGCAAGCUGUAUAAUAGUCACCACAAGGGAAGAGAGUAUUGCCAAGCAUUGCUCAAAGGAUGAUAUAAACAUAUACAAGCUGAACCAUCUGGGCCCUGAUGACGCAUGUGACCUCUUCACCAAAAAGGCGUUUAAGGAGACUUUAAGUUUGGAUGAGCGAUAUCCAGAGUUGGUUGAACCAGCAAAACUGAUAUUGAAAAAGUGCAGAGGGCUUCCCCUUGCACUAGUCACCAUAGGUGGCUUCUUGGCAAGCCAACCGAAAACUGCUUUUGAAUGGAGAAAAUUGAAUGAGCAUAUCAGUGCUGAGUUUGAGAUGAAUCCAGAACUUGAGACCAUAAAAACAAUCCUUAUGAAAAACUAUGAUGGUUUACCAUAUCACCUCAAGGCUUGUUUCUUGUAUCUGGCCAUCUUUCCUGAAGACCAGCAGAUCGCAAGGAGACGCUUAGUGUGUCGGUGGCUUGCAGAGGGUUACUCAAGUGAGGUGCGUGGCAAAUCUGUGGAGGAAGUAUUGGAUGGUUAUUUCAUGGAACUCAUAAGUAGGAGCAUGAUCCUGCCAUCUCAACAGUCAAUUUAUAGUAGGAAGGGAAUUGACUCCUGCCAUGUUCAUGAUCUCAUUCGUGAAAUUGCCAUCUCAAAGUCUAUGGGGGAAAAUCUUGUUUUCACAUUGGAGGAAGGGUGCAGCUUAAACAACCGAGGCACAAUGCGCCAUCUUGCUGUAAGCAGCAAUUGGAAGGGGGAUCAGUGUGAGUUUGAGAAUAUACUAGACUUGUCUCAUGUACGAUCAUUGACAGUGUUUGGAAAUUGCAAACCAUUUUUCAUGUCUGAUAAGUUGAGGUUGCUACGAGUGCUGGAUUUGGAAGGCAUUUGGGAUCUGUUUGAUCAUCAUCUUGAGCACAUUGGGAAGCUUUCACAUCUUAGAUAUCUUUCUUUAAGGAGACAUGCUGAAAUAUUUCACCUGCCAAAUUCGUUGGGGAACCUUAGACAACUCCAAACACUAGAUAUUUCUGGUACAAACAUAAUAAAGCUACCAAGGACCAUCAUCAAGCUUGUGAAGUUGCAACGCAUUCUUGCUAGUGGCAUAGGAAAGAUACAUACCGGUGAAGAUGCAUAUGAGCAGUCGCUAAUGAGUUUACCUUUACAUUCAGUACCGUGUUGUGUAGCGUGUUGUGCACCUAAUAGGCUGGGAGAGCAAUUUGGACUUUAUGAUGGUGCACAACUUAACCGGCAUGAUGUAUGCACCACGUUCUGUUGCAGCAUAUUACCUUAUUAUGCGGCAGGAGGACGAAAUCUAGGUGGUGUUGAAGUGCCCAGAGGAAUUCAGAAACUGAAUGCCCUGCACACACUUCGUACCAUGGACAUAUCAGCGGGGAAGAUUGUUCUACAAGAUAUAAAAAAGUGCACUCGGUUGCGCAAGUUAGGAUUGACAGGUAUCAACAAGAGAAAUAGUCAAGGAUUGUGUUCAACAAUUGGUAGUCUCAGCAGCCUGGAGUCAUUGUCACUGCAAUCACAUGGAGAGCCAGGUUUAUUAGGCUGCUUGGAUGGCUUGCCCUCACCUCCAGAAAACCUGCAAAGCCUCAAGUUGAUAGGCAACCUGGUUAAGUUGCCAGAGUGGAUCAAGGGCCUAAAAAAUCUAGUGAAGCUGAGGUUAUGGAGGUCGAUGAUAUCGGAGCACGAUGUGGCCAUACAAGUCCUUGGAAGUCUACCAAACCUGGCCACCCUAUGUCUAUUGAAACACUCGUUCGUUGGUGAAGAGGUCCGUUUCAGUUUCUGUCUGGAGGCAUUCCCGAGCCUGAAGGUGCUACAGCUGGAUGUGAUAGGGAACCUCAAGUCGGUGGGAUUUGAAGAAGGAGCAGCCCCUAAGCUUGAGUUGCUGCAGUAUUUUGGUUGGAGAAGUCCUAGUGUUGGGCUGUUCUCUGGGUUACCGCAUCUCCAAAGCCUCAAGGAAUUUAUGCUGCAUGAAACGGACUGGGUCACUGAGUUUGUCGAGGACUUGCGAGGCCAGCUCUCAGAGUUUGAAAACAAGCCCGUUCUCAAGAGUUGGAAGUACUAGCUGCAUUUGACUGGGGUUUCCUAUUUGGCGCAUAAGUUCGCAAACGGGCGCCUGAAGCGCAUCCCUCCCGCUGGCGAGCUGGGCCGGUCCGUUUCAGUUUCUGUCUGGAGGCAUUCCCGAGCCUGAAGGUGCUACAGCUGGAUGUGAUAGGGAACCUCAAGUCGGUGGGAUUUGAAGAAGGAGCAGCCCCUAAGCUUGAGUUGCUGCAGUAUUUUGGUUGGAGAAGUCCUAGUGUUGGGUUGUUCUCUGGGUUACCGCAUCUCCAAAGCCUCAAGGAAUUUAUGCUGCAUGAAAUGGACUGGGUCACUGAGUUUGUCGAGGACUUGCGAGGCCAGCUCUCAGAGUUUGAAAAC